AUGUCUUCGUCCAAUGCUUGGGGGAAGAUUUCCAGCCCGACACAUGGAAAAAGCAGAGGCUUUUUCAAUCUUGAUGGUGAUGCUCCAUCCCAGUCUCUUACGCUUUCUUUCAAAGUCGUUCUCUCUAGUAACCCGAUGCAAGGUGAUAACGCUCUUAAAUUUACUCAAUCUGUUGUGAAUGGUGUCCCGGCUGUUCUUAUUUCCGAUGAAGAUGUUCUUGAACUGGCUUCUCCGUUUCAGUUUACCCUUGUUGGGAAAUAUGCUUUGUGUAGACCGAAUCUCGAUUCUAUUCGUAAUUUUUUCGCUAAUCUUAAACUAUAUGGUUUUUAUUUCAUUGAGCUUUUAGAUUCUAGACAUGUUGCGAUUCAGCUGUCGAACGAUCUCGACUAUAGCAGAGUUUUUGCUAGGAGAUCUUAUUUUAUUAACAACUGUGAAAUGAGAAUUUUAAAAUGGAUGUCAUUUUUUGAUGUGCAUGAAGAGUCCCCCAUAGUUCCGAUCUGGAUCUACUUUCCGAAUUUGAGAUUACAUUUUUUUAACCCUCAAGUCUUGCAUGCGAAACAUCCUAAAGAAGUUUGGGUUGGAUCAAAGGCGUUUGGUUAUUUGCAAAAAGUCGAGUUUGAGAAGGCCUCGGAUUUUUGUUCCAUUUGCAAGAUUCAUGGACAUACGAUUUCCGAUUGCUUUAAAUUACAUCCUGAGCUUAAAAAAAUUACUAAACCCUCAGUUGAGAAGGUUGACUCCCCUGUUAUUUUUAUUUCUAAUAAUGUGCUGGAUAAAGAGGUGCCAAAUGUUAUUAUUGAAAACCAGGUGGAUGCUGUGACUAGCUCUAUUGUGUCGAAAAACAGAGGUGAUUUGGAUGCUAGUAUGGAAGUUGCUAAGGAUUCUAAUUUAGCUAUUAAUUUAGAUGCUGGUCUUAAUGAAAAUUGUGAAGAAGGGGAAUUUAUCCCCACGGAAAAUAAGAAGGAUAAACUGGUGAAAAAUUUGGAACGUGGUAGCUCUUUGCCCUUGGAUUUAGAAGGUUCUAAAUCUAAAAAAUCUGUUGUGGAUGAUUCCUUUCUUAAAAUUCUUGAGGAGGAGAACUUUACUAAAGUUAAUAAGAAAAAGGAAAAAAAUCCAAAGAUUCUGUAUCCUCUAUGCUGUUCUUUACUAGAGCUCAAACUAGUGCUAAAGAUUUGGAUUUUGUGGAAUAAUGCUAUCAACUUGAAUAUUCUGGAUGACUUUGUUCAAGUUGUGCAUGUUUCAAUGUCUAUGUUUAAUUUUUCUUGUAAUGCCUCUUUUGUUUAUGUUGCCUGCUCUAGAGUGGGCCGUUUUUUCCUUUGGGACAGUCUUAAGAGUUUUGCUUCUAAUACUUCAGCGUCGUGGUGUGUUGGAGGUGAUUUCAAUGUUAUCUCUAAUGAUAGUGAAAGAUUGGGAGGUAAUCAUCCUAAUAUUAAUGCUAUGGAGGAUUUUAACUCCAUGAUUUCUACUUGUGACUUACAUGAUAUAGGUUUUUUUGGGAAUGCUUAUACCUGGAGUAGAGGUAACUUGUGGCAAAGACUUGAUAGGGUUUUAUUUAAUCAUGAUUGGAUUGCUAAUUUCCAUAUGACUCAUGUGGAGCAUCUUAGUAGGGCUGCUUCUGAUCAUGCCUCUUUACUGCUUACUAUCAAUGCUAACAAAAGUUAUGUUCCUAAUGCCUUUAAAUUUCAAAAUAUGUGGUUAUCUCAUCCUGAUUUCUUUAAUGUUGUUGAGAGAAAUUGGCAGGCACCUAUUUUCCCUAAUGGCAAUAUUUUGGGUAUGGCUAAGCUGUGGAGCAAGCUGAGUAGGUUUAAACAAGUGUUGAGAUGGUGGAACAAACAUAUUUUUAAAAAUUUAUUUUCUAUUAUUAAGAAUGUUGAACAUGAGGUAAUGGAGCUUGAAAAUGUUUAUUUGCUUAAUCCUGAUAGUUCUAAUCUUUCUGAGCUCAAUAAUGCUAAGAUUAAACUGUUUGCUUUACAUGAUCAAGAAGAGAUGUAUUGGCAACAAAAAGCUACUACUAAAUUCACUGUUGAAGAAACUGAUAAUUUCCAUCUCACUCUUGCCCCGUCUGAGGAGGAGGUUUGGAAGGUUAUGCAGGAUAUGAAUGGUGAUUCUGUUGUUGGUCCUUAUGACUCUAUAUAUGUUAAUAGUGUUCAGUCCUUAUUGACUGAUUGGAUGUCCACGGUUAAAGGUCAUGUGAUUAACUUGUUACCUAUUCUUAUUUUGUUGUUCCUUUGGAAAGAUCGUAAUGAAGCUAAGCAUAAUGGGGUUAAGAUGGAGGAUAAGGUUAUUAUCUCCAAUAUUAAUCAUAAAUUGCUUCAAUUGUUUGCUGUCAAGCUUAUUUCGAGAAAAAAUUUCAUACAUUGUGAAGCUUUGUGUGUGAACCUGGGUAUCCCUAUUCAUACUGAGGAGCUGAUUCGAAGUGAAAGAGUCGUUAGAUGGUUAAAACUGAUGUCUCCUUAUAUGAAGCUUAAUACUGAUGGUUCUGUUGAUCGGUCUUUUGCUUGUUUUGGGGGUAUUAUUUGUGACAAAAUUGAUAAAGUGAUUGUGGCUUAUGCGGCCCUUUAUCUCCGUGUAAGGUCAUUUUUGCUGAGCUGA